GCACAACUACACAAACGCUGUAUCUUGUGUUGUCUACUGAGUCUCCUCUCCCUAUCAGUCAAAUCUUAUAUAACUCUCUCUAUUAACCUUUAAUGAUUUCAGGGCCUCUCUUCAAAUUCACACGAAGGCUCCAUUCCAUCUGUUCCCUCCACCUCUCCAACUCCUUUACUGGAUAAAAUUUUCCUGUUUUCUCCAGAAAUUUUGAUUUUUUUUUUCUCUCUUGUCUGUCCUUUUCCUGCUAAAAAUAUUGGUUUGUUUUUUUUUCCAAGGUAAGGCAAUGAGAACUGCUAUAAAGGUGACUGGAUGAGAGAUUUUCCUUUUUUUUUUUUUUUUUGACUUUUAUGGCUUGUUCCGUCUUGUUUGACUUCAUGUUCAAGACUUAGUUUUGCCCUUCUCUCUGUCUCUCCUUUUUUUGGCCAAGUUUCUUGCCUUUCUCGAGUAUGGAGUGUUUUGAGUUCGUGGGUUGUGUUCUAAUUUCCAUAGUGGAAUUAUAAUUUCGUGCUUCUCUCAAACAUGAGUGUUCUGGUGGGAAGACUUUCCGUCUCGGUUCUGUGAUUGACCGACUGGUUUUUGGGAUAUUUCAGACUGGGUGCUAUUCUCCACUAAAAUCUUUAACUUGGAUUGAAUUUUUUUGGAAAAAGGUUCCUUCCUAUGUGAAAAGGGACCAAUUGUUUUUGGUGCAGGAAAAGGAUUGGGUUUAAUUGAUUGAAGUGAAGCUGAAAUGGAAGGUGAUUUAUUUUCUGGCAUAAGCAAUGGAACCCAAGUAGAUAGCAAGGUUUUGCAAACAGUUCAAAAGAGUUUUAUGCAAGUCCAGGACAUUCUAGAUCAAAACAGGUUGCUGAUCAAUGAAAUAAACCAAAAUCAUGAAUCCAAGAUUCCUGAUAACUUGACUCGAAAUGUGGGGUUGAUUAGAGAAUUAAACAAUAACAUCAGAAGGGUUGUUGAUCUUUAUGCCGAUCUUUCCAGCAAUUUCACCAGGUCAAUAGAAGCUUCAUCAGAAGAGGAAUCGAGUGAGAUUUUGAGGUCCAGUGGAAAGGGAAAUCAAAAGAGGAUUAGAUACGGGUAAUUGAUCCAACCAAGUUUUCAUACAAAUUCUGUAAUUUCUUCGUGGUACAAUAAGAAGAGUAUUAAAUAUUGAAGAAAAAGAACUUGAUGAGCGAUGUGGUUUGAAGCUUUAAGCUUCAGUAUAAUUUUCACCAUAUCCACUGGGAUGACAAUUUAACAAAUUUGUACAACUCUGUUGUCUUUUUGAAUCAAAUAUUACCCUUUUUUUUCUA